AUGGACAACAUUCCGCACACGCCAGCAGGCGAGUCGCCGCCCUCACAGCGCAAGCCACCCAAGGCUGAUUCCGGCGCAACCUCAUCGGCCCUGGAUGCUCCGGGCAGUCCGUCGUCCGUCAUCACGCGCGACUACUCAUCGCUCGACAUCGCGUCCCGCCGGAGGUUCAAGAGCUACCGCCUCCGCGGCGAGUUCGAGAAGCCAUGGCUUUCUGACCCAGCCAUGAACAAGACGAGAUGGAACAACUGGAUUGUGAGGGGCUUCAUCCUGCUCGGCCUUGUCCUCUCGGGCGUUACCUGCGUUUUGCUCGUCUGGCCCUACCGAGACGGAGAUUACUGCCUCAUCUACGAAGACCACUUCAGCACCUUCAACAAGGAUGUCUGGUCGCACGAGGUGCAGCUCGACGGCUUCGGCACAGGCAGCUUCGACUGGACCACGACAGACCCCAAGAACUCGUAUGUCGACUCGGACGGCCUGCACAUUGUGCCGACCCUCACCAACGAGACCACGCCCAUCACCAAUGCCGACCUCUUCGCCAACUACACGCUCGACCUGACCAAGGACGGCAGCUGCACCAGCAACAACGCCAACGCGUCGUGCAUAAUCACGUCGGACCCCCAAAAGGGCACCAUGAUCCCCCCCAUCCGCUCCGCCCGCCUCUCGACAAAGGGCAAGAAGAGCAUCCGCUACGGCAGAGUCGAAGUCGUUGCCAGGCUCCCCAAGGGCGACUGGAUCUGGCCCGCCAUCUGUAUGUCAUUCCGCCUCUCCGUCUCUCCCAGAAACCCCCAUCUGACAAAAGGAAACCUCCCGUCACGACGUCAAGGGAUGAUGCCCGAGGGCUCAACCUACGGCGACUGGCCUCGCAGCGGCGAAAUCGACAUCAUGGAAUCCAGGGGCAACGCGCGGUCCUACCCCGAGGGCGGCCGAAACUACUACUACAGCACUCUGCACUGGGGCCCGACCGCCAAAGACGACAGCUACUGGCGCACCACGGACGCAAAGAUGCUCCGCCGCGGCGACUUCUCCAAGUCCUUCCACAGGUUCGGCAUCCAGUGGACCCCCAAGUACAUGUACUUCUACAUCGACAACCGCGCCCACCAAAUCAUGUUUGUCGGCUUCGACAAGGACCGGCCCCUCUACGAGCUCGGCCGCUUCGCCAGCAUGGCCGAGAACCAGACCCUGCUGGCCAACCCCUGGGCCAUGUCCAACUCGUCCACGGGCAACGCCCCCUUCGACCAGCGCUUCUACCUGAUCCUCAACGUCGCCGUCGGCUCCAAGACCCCCCCCCCCCCCCCCCUUUCUUGGCGCGCCUCUCCUCCGCUCACUGCUCCUCGCUCCUGCAGGGACCACGUCGGCGACAAGCCCUGGAUAGACGGCGCCAAAAACGCCCAGUGGACCUUUUGGGACGCUGCGGCCCGGUGGCUGCCGACCUGGGGCGACGGCGCCGACCGCGGCAUGACGGUCAGGUCGGUCGAGAUGUGGCAGGCUGGGCGGUGCGGCUCGCCGAGCGAGCUCUAG